GAUCCAACUAGGAAUGGGCGUGUCAUGUAGUGGAUGUUCCUUGUCGACAGAUGCACUUGCAUUGACAGCCUACAACGGGAUAUCAGAACCUUGUCUGCUUGUUAGUAAUGAUGACUGAAGCCCCGGUGAAAGACUAUAAGCACACUGAGAUCUAGCUUAAUGUUAUCCGUCAAGCCUAUGUUAGGGAAAUAAAGCAGCUUAAAGACAUGUUUGAGAAUUUCAGAGAGAGACUGCAAACGGUGCAACAGGAUUUCACAUCAGGAAUCAAGACCCUGAGUGACAAAUCCAAGGAAGCUAAAGUAAAGAAGAAACAGAGAAGAGAUGAGCACCUUCCCCAAUAUUCUGCUGGAGUGGAGCUACUCAGUCGAUAUGAAGACACGUGGGUGGCUCUUCAUAAACGAUCCAAAGAGUGUGCCAAGGCUGGGGAAACUUUGGAUGGGGAGGUAGUGAUGCUGUGUGCAUAUUGGGAGAAGAGACGAGGAGCAGUGCUGGAGCUACAGGAACAACUGCAGCAGAUCCCUGCUUUCCUCUCAGACAUGGAGACUGUCACCUCACGUAUAGCUCAUCUGGAGGCUGACUUUGAGGAAAUGGAGAGUCGUCUGAUGUAUCUGGAAGAUUUGUGUGCUCAAUGUGAACAUCAACGCUUCAAACACUUUCAGAUACUUCAGCUGGAAAGCUACAAGAAGAAAAAAAGGAAAGAACUUGAGUCUUUGAAAGAGCUCGGUGCAGAGCAUGCCCAGAAAGUGUUGGAGAUGGAGCAUGCACAGCAGGUCAAGCUAAAGGAGAGGCAGAAAUACUUUGAGGAAGCAUUUCAGCAAGACAUGGAGCAGUACCUCUCUACAGGAUACCUCCAGAUCACCGAUAGGAGAGAUCCAUUAGGCAGUUUGUCCUCAAUGGAGGUGAAUGUUGAUCUACUGGAACAAAUGGAUCUUACAGAUGUGUCUGACCAUGAGGCACUUGAUGUCUUCCUCAGCUCGAUUGGUGAAGAGAACCGUGCUCCAUCUCCUGACACAGCAGGUGGCCCAGCUCUGGAAACUGGCACAUCCCCAUCAGAGAUCAGCCUGAAAGUGCCCUCUCAGACAGAGCUACGGCAGACUGCCUCCUCAAUCUCCUCCUCCUACACUGAUACUAUCAGCGGUGUGACUGAGGGUCCGGAUGAUGAAGAGGAUGCCAGCGAGGAAAGCUGCAGUGGAGACUCUCCACUGGUCCAGUCAGAUGAGGAGGAGGUACAUGCUGACACAGCCCUCAUGGGUCUCCCGGAAACAGAAGAGCUGCCCAAGAGCUCAGACGACAGCGACACACAGGCUCCCUAGUGGCCAUGGAGGGGAAGCGUGAUUGGUUCAUGCUGGUUAUCCAAGAUGACACUGUGUUUUUACAUCAGAUAAUGAUAGAGUGUUGGUGUAACAAGUGAGGCUGAAGAGCAACCAGAAACUGAACAUUUCUUCAUUGCUUAGUGUGGCACUGUUUGUCCGGUUCUUCAGACUUAAAGCACUGUGAUUUUUGUUUAAUUCUUUCCCAUAAAAAAAUCUAUUCAAUGUAUAAUACAAUUAUUCGUAUGAUAUGCAAAACCUGCUGCAUUAGAAUUAUAUAGAAAAUAAUAACCAUUUUACAGUGUUCCUCCUAAUAUCACUGAUAUACUGUACGUUGCAUGAAUUUGUAAUGCAAAGCUCAUUUUUGCAUAUUAUAUAAUUGAGCCUACUGAAAUAAAAUAUACCUUGAAAUAAGAUGAGAAUCACGGACAGAAUCAGAGGAGGACUAAUAUUUAAAAUCAUAUUGUAGCGAUCUAAAAAGAUUUCAUCUUGGUAUAUAAAUAGCUGUCAACAUUUGGACCAUCUGUGAUUUCAGAAUUUACAGGCUCCUCAUACAGCAAGCUGUUGUUACCUCAGGGACAAAAUGCCAAGUUAGUUCUAUGAUAACAGUAAUAGAAAGGUUCUUUUAAUGUCUGACUGCAUGAUGACUGGGAGCAUGUUGUUUAAAUGGACAAAAAUCAAUGCGUAUUCAAAAUGUUUGACAAAGAAAACCAUGUUUACCUUAUUUGAACAUUUUGCUUUUGAUGCCCUCCCGAUAAGAAUGCCGGUAUACAUGCAAAGCAAAAUUGUGGUAAUGGGCAAAAUUCUUCAAGUGUUUAUCGGUUUUUGCCUUAAAGGGUAAUUUUCUCAUUAUUUACUCACCCUCAUGCGUUCCCAGAUGUGCACAGCUGUGGCCAAAUGUAUUGGAAGUGACAUAAAUGUUGUGUUUCUCAAAGUUAUCUGCUUCAGUUGUUGUGGUGUUGAUUCACAUUGUUUCUGGAUUAUUGUGCAGAGUGAUCAGAUGCAUUUUAAAUAAUUGCAAAAAGCUUCAUUGGCCAAAAAAAUAAACUAUCACAAAAACCCAAAUUUCACUGUUUUUUGUCCUGGAACAAAAUGACCAGCUAACAUAAUUUCUCUAAUCAUAUCAGCAGCACCUGGGAAAGUGUGAACGAGUACUAGUCAGGUGAAAUCACUAUCAUUCUGAUUGGAUUAUAAGAGCAGACUGAUUGCUAUGAAAGGAGGGAAGAAUUGCUUCCAAUCAUUGUGUUCUUGUUAGCAAUGGUUACCUCUAAAGAAAGAUAUGCAGCCAUCAUCGCUUUGCAUCAAAAUGGCCUCACAUGCAAGGAAAUUGCUGCAAAGAAUAUUGCACCUGAAAGAACCAUUUCCCAGAUCAUCAUGAACUUCAAGGAGAGAUGUUCAACUGCAGUGAAGAAGGCUUCAGGAUGUCCCAGAGUGUCCAUCAAGUGCCAGGACCGUCUCCUCCUAAGGAGUCAGCUACAGAAUCAUUUCACCACCAGUGCAGAACUUGCUCAAUAUUGGCAGCAGUUUGGUAUGAGUACAUCUGCACUUUCAGUGAGGUGAAGACUUUUGGACAAUCGCCUGGUGUCAAGAAGGGCAGCAAAGAAGUCACUUCUCUCCAAGAAAAAUAUCAAGGACAAACUGAAAUUCUGCAGGAACUACAAGGAUUGGACAGCAGAAGACUGGUGCUAGGGAUAGGCGAUACCAAUUAUUUUUGAUCUGAUACAAAUAUUUUCAAGUCCAAUAUCUUCGAUACUGAUACUUCUGUUAAAUAAUUUUUUUUUUUGCGAUUACUUGGAAUAAAAUGGUUAAUUUUAAAUCAUAUUUUUUGUCAUUAUUAUUAUUUUUUGCCUAAAAAGAAAAUUAUUAGACUUCUGUUU